AUUCUUUACAUUAUGGCCUAAUUUUUCUCCGGUCUACGCCUCAUUUCUCUUGUCGGCCUCUCCUCUAUCACAGAGAGCAGACGCGAUCGGCGAUUAGAGCCCUAACCGGACUAUCGCAGCUGCCCAGCUCCACCAUCGUCGGACCAUCGAAUUAUAAGAGGCGUCAGUUCAAGACUCCUAAGAGAGAACUCUGCUAAAUCUAAUGAGAUCAAACAGUAUCUAGAUCUUCCAAGAUGAAGGCUUCAACUUCAAAAGAACAACAAUAGAUUGUCGUCAACAUCGAAUCCGUUUUAGAAAGCCUAAUCUUUAACUCAGUUUAGCCAUAUCAAGGAGGGGUGUUUGUAUGUAGGGUUUCAAAGUAAUCAUCAAAUGAAACAAAUAGUGAAGAUUAUGACAUUGUUAGUGGCCAUAACUGCUAUGUGGAUUAGCCUAUUGCAGACUGCAAUGAUUCCACGAAGUUACACGUGGUUGCUGCCUUUGUAUCUGAUUGUGUCGCUAGGAUGCUAUGGCCUUUUAAUGGUUGGUAUUGGUUUGAUGCAAUUUCCAACUUGUCCUCAUGAGGCCCUCUUGUUACAACAGGAUGUAAUUGAGGCCAAGGAGUUCUUGAAGCAUAAAGGGGUAGAUGUGGGUUUUGAUUGACAACAAAGGGAUAAUAACAUUUUUACACUUUUUCUUUUAUAUUAUUCUGAUUCUUGAUGGAUUGCUUGAAGAUCUUUUUAAAUAGAAGUGUGGUUGAAUUAUUCUUCCCAA